AUGAGUAUUGUUCAAGAAGUUGAAAUGCUCCGACAGGAGAUUGCAAACGGACCUCCAUUAUUUCCUCCUCCAAACGAUAAUGCUGAAGAAUUGUCCAAACAGUUUAAACGAAAAAAUACUCGUUCAAAAAAACUCGUAAAUUGCCGUAUGUUGGUAUGCUAUUUCAUUAGAAAUCAAACUCAGCAAACAUACAGAAAGUAUGUUAUUAAUAAGGUUGCAGGAGAAUUAUGGCGAACUACGACUCGAAAUAAUAAACUCGCUUAUAAGAACCUAUGUAAUCAAAUAAAUUCAAUAAUUAAUCAAUAA